AUGGCUGCCGCCAGCGCUGAGACUGGUGUUAUGGGUUCUGACGGUUCUGGUACCGAUGCUGCUGAAUCUUCGGGGACAGGUUCCACCAGCGGGGCCAGUUCAGAUUCGGACAAUCGACCGCUCGUACCAAGGCCAAAGCCAAAGCCAAAUCCAGCUGCCUCAGUUCCAAGCAGAAACAAUGCUGAAGGGGCGGAAGAAGAUAAUGAUGAAGGGUCGUCGCCGGAGGCUGCAGACAGUGGUGACGACGGUGACGAGAGCAGCCAAGUGAGUGCUUUGUCCAUGGGCUUGAUAGAAGAGUUUGAGGACGGGGACCAGGACUGUGAGGACGACAGGAGCGAUCGCGAUGAGAAGGUAGAUGUUCCGGACCUCAAAGAGACAGACGAUGGCAGCUCCGACUUCGCGCACCUUUGUGCAUGGCCUCGCAAUAACUGCGAGAGGCUCUUCGCGUGUGAGAAGAAGGGACAAGCUUACAAGGCGACGGCCAGCGACAUUUACAGCAAUUACGACUUCAGCCAAUCUUGGCGUGAUACUUGCGAGAUCACGCAGAUCGCGAUCGAGAAUGAUGCUGUAACUCAGAAGGUUAUCAUGAACCUUCACAAGGACAUGCGUGAAAUGGACUACCGCCCACAGCAUUUGAUCGGUGAUAUGGACGAGAUGGUGACAUUGUCGGCCCGCGCGAGGCUGGAUGAGGCCUUCCACCAGACAUCGCAGGAGUAUGAAUUGGACAUUUCUUGCGACGACACAGCAGAGGCAGUCAUGUUGUCUGAGACAGGACACAAGCUUAUGGAGCGGUACAUGCAAGUAUUGCAGAAUCGUGCGAGCAUGCGUGCUUGUGCUGACUGCAUUAAGUGCAAUGCAGAGCGUAGUGCCAAUGCAGCCCCGCCCGCCAAGCGAUCCAAGAAACAGCAGACGCAGACUACUCAGCAGUCUCAGCUCGAGAAGACUUUGCUGCCGGAGAAGGACGGGUAUCGACAGGGAUAUGGGAAGGAUUGGAGUUGGUUUGGGCUUGUGCUUGCGGUUUGUGUUUGCGCUUGGGCUUGUGCUUGGGCUUGGGCUUGGGCUGGCUGGCUGCAGCGCAGUGAUGGCUGCUUCGGGAUAUGA